AUGAGAAGUGGGUGGCGGGCAUCCCCGACAGGCGCCGGCCCGUCCUCCCCCUCCUGCGCGCCCGCGGAGAGCGGCGGCUUCCGGCCGACGUUGGCUCCGGCGCUGAAGGAGAAGCAGCUGGACAGCUUGCCAGAUUGGGGGCGCCCCGGCGAGCUGCCUGGCGGAGACCUGUUCGUCCACGGCAGCGGGGAGUGCGAUCAGCUCGGCCUGGGCGACGCGCAGCGGGAGAGGCAGAAGCCCACGCCCGUGAGGGGGCUGCCCCAGGCGCGCAUCGUGGACCUGGCCGUCGGCGCGCUGCACGUCGUGUGCCUCGCCGCGGACGGCCGCCUCUGGUCCUGGGGCUGCAACGACGACGGGGCCCUGGGCCGCGCCUGCGGCGACACCACGGACUGCGAGCCGCACCCAGUGGAGAUGCCCCUUGGCGUCGUCGUUCGGGGGAUGUCCUGCGGUGAUAACCACACGUGUGCGCUGGACAGCUUGGGCCGGGUCUGGCUGUGGGGGACCUACAAGGACUCCAACGGCCACAUUGGCAUAGCCCGCAAGAGAAAACACGGCGUGCUCGAGAAGAGCAUGGAGCCGGCAGUGAUGCUGGAGGGCUGCGACCAGGUGGCCAGCGGCGCCAACCACACCGUGGCCUUGCAGACCAGGCCUCUCCGCAGGGUCUUCGCGUGGGGCUCCAACGGCACCGGCCAGCUCGGCCUCCCCGGGGGCGAGGGCUGCGGGCUGGCGGAGCGCACGCUGCCGAUCGCGGGGGGCAGGGCACCGGGCGAGCUGAGGCCGCGGGUGGGGGGCGGCACAGAGGUGGACGGCCUGCGCCUGUCCCGCGUCAUCGAGGCCUCCGGCGCCGAGCGGGGCGCCGAGGCCAUGAGGCCGCCCGAGGUCCAGCAGGCCGCGGCGGGCGGCGCCCGGGCGCUGGUGGUGGAGCUCGAAGACAGGGAAGUCCCCAAGCGGGAGGUGUCGCUCGACGCCGUCCGCGCCGGCGUGUCGGGCGUGUUUGCAAGCGCGGACUGCACGUUCCUCGUCGCGGAGGACUCCACGGUGUACGGCUGCGGCCUCAACGGCGACGGGCAGGUCGGGCUGGGCUUCAUGAGCAUGGCAGUGCUGGCCGUGCGGGAGGUGCCGGGUGCGGCCGGCGCGUCGUGGCUCGGCGGCGGCUUGCACUUCACGGCCGCCCUGGUGGGUGGCAAGGUGCUCACCUGGGGCAAGGCCGACGAGACGGGCCACGGCCUCGGGCACUCGGCGCCCCCUGUCCUCCAGCCCCGCGCGCUGGCAGGCCUGCCGGAGAUCCGCGCCCUGCGCUGCGGCAACAGCCACUCCCUCGCCUGCUCGGCGCGGGGCGACGCCUUCGCCUGGGGCUGCGGCCUCACGCACCAGCUGGCGAACCGGCCCAAGGACUUCCUGGACCCCUCGGACGCGGACGAGGAGCCGGGCGACGAGCUGCGGCCGUACUGCAUCUCGUCCAAGCAGCUGGAGGCCAAGUUCGUGCUCCUGGCGGACGGCGGGGCGCAGCACAGCGUGGAGCUCGCGUGGAGCGGCGAGUACUGCAGGGUCAGCGCGGACGUCGCGGCCCCGCCGGCCGCAGGGUGCGAGGCCGCCCCCGCGGGCGCGGAGGAGCAGCCACCCGCGAAGAGGCCGAGGGCGGAGGCGCCCUCCGGCGCCCCUGCGGCGGGCUUCGCCUACGACGAGCAGAGAUGGGAGGGUCUGCUGGCAGAGGCGCAGAGGGAGCAGAGCGAGCCGGGCCACGGCACACCAGUGGAGGUGAUCCACAGCGUGUUCCUACGAGGCAGGCGGCCCCAGACGGGCGUGCCGCCGCCCCGCCGCCGGUGGCAGGCGCCGGCCGAGGAGGCGGGCGGCGCCGAGGAGGCGGGCGGCGCCGCCGCGCGGCGGCGGCCGCCGCCGACGGGCGACGCGGAGGCGAAGCGCCCGAGGAGGGCCAAGGGAGACGAGCUGCGGGCGGCCGUCGCCGGGCCCGCGGCGUGGCGGUCCGUGCUGCGCGGGCGGCAGCCGCUGGGCCGGGUCGCGACCAUGGGCGACUGGCUGAGGGCCAGGCCCUGCGCGUGA